AUGAGGCUGCUUUCCCUUUUGUCGCUUGCUGCCACAGCUUACAGCGUGGCCGUGCUACCCAAAAAUGCCCCCAAUGGCAUCAAACUCAGCGUGCCUAUCGAACCGGCCAAGCGAGCUCUCCUGCAAAACCUCGUAACAUGGGAUGAAAACUCCCUGUUCAUCAAGGGAGAACGCGUUAUGAUCUAUAGUGGCGAGUUUCAUCCUUUUCGCCUGCCAUCGCCUUCUCUGUGGCUGGAUAUCUUUCAAAAGAUCAAGGCUGCGGGCUUCAACACUGUUAGUUAUUACAACAUGUGGGGCUUGAAUGAGCAAACCCGAGGGGACUUCCGUGCAGAGGGAGUCUUUGAUAUGGUGCCUUUCUACGAGGCUGCGUUGAAGGCUGGGAUCUACCUGAUUGCGAGACCUGGGCCGUAUAUCCAUUCAGAAUCUACCGGGGGCGGUCUUCCGGGAUGGGUGGCUAAGAUUCCAUCGCAAAUUCGGAGCGCUGACCCGCUCUUCAUGAAUGCUUCAGAUGUGUAUCUCGCCGGUGUCGGCGCCGCUAUUGCGAAAUAUCAAAUCACAAACAGCGGACCCAUCAUUCUCACCCAGAUUGAGAAUGAAUAUAGCAAUUGCAAUGACGGGACAGGAGGUUGUCUCGAAGCUGGUUGGAUGCACCAUAUCGAGGAUAGGCUCCGGGAAGCCGGCAUGGUGAUUCCAGCUAUCUCCAACGAUGGGUCUCCCCGAGGACGUUGGGUGACCUCUGGGGGGUACAAGAUUGAUAUAUACGGGCAUGAUGGUUAUCCGAUGGGCAUUGACUGCUCGCGUCCUGAUGAGUGGUACAACGGGAAAAACAAGAACUUGCCAACAAAUUGGGCCGCGCUGCACCAGCAGCAAAGUCCCUACACGCCCUAUGCUGUCCUCGAGUUCCAAGGAGGAUCGCCGUCGGGCUGGGGAGGUCCCACCUACGACCAAUGUGCGGCGUACUUAAACCACGAAUACGCACGGGUUUUCAACAAGAACAACUAUGGCGCUGGCGUGAGAAUUUAUAACCUCUACAUGACUGUUGGUGGAACGAAUUGGGGUGGAAUCUCCUACUCUGAGGGCUUCACCUCGUACGAUUAUGGUGCGCCAGUGUCGGAAGAUCGAAGCAUCACUCGUGAGAAGUAUAGCGAGAUUAAACUGGAGGCCCAAAUGCUCAAGGUCUCUCCAUCGUUCCUCGUGGCAAAUCCAAGCAACUACACCAUCGGCCGAUAUAGCCCGAACAAGAAUGUCGCCAUUACCCCUGUCUUGGGAAAUGCCACCCUCAGCGAUUCUAGGACUAACUACUUCGUUGUUCGCCAUGCGAACUACUCGACCGACGACAACAUAAGUUAUACACUUGUGCUGCCCAGCACGGCCGGUAAUCUUGCGAUCCCUCAGCUUGGUCAUGGCAGUCUCACGCUGUCCGGGCGUGACUCGAAAAUCCAUGUUACCGACUAUAAUGUCGGCGGUAUCAACGUUCUGUACUCCACGGCAGAGAUUUUCACCUGGAAGAAGUUCUCGAAACGAACCGUCCUUUUGGUGUAUGGUGGUCCCGGGGAGCUUCACGAAAUCGCCGUGAACACCACCCCCACCGUCAACAACCCCAAGCCAGUCGAGGGCAAGGGCGUGGAGAUCCAAGCGCUGAAGGGCAGCAAGGAUAAGGCAUGGGUUGUCCAGUACGUUGCCACGCCACAACGCAAAGUGGUACAGAUUGGAGAUUUGUUCAUCUACCUGCUAGAUCGCAACUCAGCAUAUAACUACUGGGUGCCAGAUAUUGGAAAAGACCCCUACGGCACGUCCCUUAUGAACCCGGAUUCUGUCAUUGUUAAGGCGGGAUACCUUGUCCGUAACGUCUCGGUCUCUGAAAAUGGACUCUAUAUUGACGCAGACUUCAAUUCUACUACCUCCGUGGAAGUCAUCGGGGUACCCAAUGGGGUGAGCGAGUUGUACCUCAAUGGUGUUCGCAAAAGGCAUACCGUGAGCGCUCUGGGAGACUGGCAAGCCAGCCUCUCCUACAGAAAGCCCCAUUUUCAGCUCCCUGAUUUGUCUGCCCUCAAAUGGUCUGUCUUGGAUUCGUUACCGGAGGUCGCCCCGCGGUACAACGACUCGCUUUGGACAACUGCAAAUCUCACCGCAAGCUUUUUUCCUGAAGAGCAAAGAAUUCCGCUCUCCCUCUAUGCUGAUGACUACGGCUACCAUGUUGGCGCCAUCGUAUAUCGAGGCACGUUCACUGCAACAAGGAGUAAGAAAUCCGCCUUCAUUCUCACAGCCCGAGGCGGCAGAGCCUUUGCCGUUUCCAUCUGGGCCAACGGCGCUUUCAUUGGCAGUUACGAUGGAUCAGGAGGCAUCAAAGCAAUCUAUGAGACCGAGUUCACCAUUCCCGAAGGUGUGCUCACUGUUGGGCAAAAUGCCACGCUGACCAUCCUCCUCGACCACAUGGGACUAGAGCAGAACAUUCCUGGCGCCUCAACGAGCAAGAUCGCCCGUGGGAUCAUAGCAUAUGACCUCCAAGGUGUGGAGGCGGCAGACAUCACGUGGAAACUGACUGGAAACUUGGGGGGUGAGGCGUACUACGACAAAUGGCGGGGGCCUUUGAAUGAGGGUGGACUCUUCGUUGAGCGCAUGGGCUACACGGCUCCAUCUCCCCCGUUGAUUGACGCCGGAUUCAAGUCCAGAAGCCCUUUCAAAAGCACCGGUGGACCUGGUGUGUGGUAUUAUACCACCAAGUUCAAUCUUGAUUUGCCGUCUGACAAAUGGGAUAUUCCCCUCCACUUUGCAUUUGAGAACCAGACUGAGACUCUGGGCCAUUACCGGUCCCUCCUCUAUGUCAAUGGAUGGCAAUUCGGCAGGUAUCUCAGCAAUGUCGGGCCUCAGUCGACCUUCCCAGUCCCCGAGGGUAUCCUGAACUACAACGGCGAGAAUUGGAUCGGCUUGACAGUCUGGGCCUUGGACAAGGAGGGGGCUGAGGUACCAUCUCUCAAACUGCAAGCCAGUACACCCUUAUAUACAAGUCGGCAGCCGGUGGCACUUGUUGAUAGUCCGCCUUUCAAGAAGAGAAUCGGUGCAUAUUAG